AGCAGGCGAGGCUGCGGGAGGCGUGAGCUCGUGGGGAGAGGCGGCCAGGUCUCCAGAGCAGGGAAGAGGGAGAGAGGAACCCGCGGAGCUCCUUCUGCUUUUCACCCCCCCGUUCUUGCCUGCGGAGGAACUGCCGCCCCAAGACAUGGAGGUGGACUACUCGACUAGUUCCAUCAUGCUUGCUGUGGCUGCAACUCUGCCACCUAUCCUGUAUUACCUCUAUAAAAAAUAUGGAACUCAGAAGAAGAAAGAUCCAGUUACCUUGCAGAAUCCAAGUGUCAAGUAUCCAUUGUGUUUGAUAGAGAAAGAGGAUAUCAGCCAUGAUACCAGGAGAUUUCGAUUUGCACUUCCGUCACCAAAACAUAUCUUGGGCUUGCCUAUAGGCCAACAUAUAUACCUCUCUGCCAAAGUUGAUGGUAACCUUGUGAUUCGGGCUUACACUCCAGUUUCUAGUGAUGAAGUGAAAGGCUAUGUUGAUUUAAUAAUAAAGGUUUACCACAAAAAUGUUCACCCCAAAUUUCCUGAAGGUGGAAAGAUGUCCCAGUACUUAGACAACAUGAAGAUUGGUAAUACCAUUGAUUUCAGAGGGCCUAAUGGGCUUCUGGUAUACAAAGGAUCAGGUAAAUUUGCUAUCAAAUUGGAUAAAAAGUCUGAAGCGAGGAUAAAGUCUGUUAAGCACCUCGGGAUGAUUGCUGGGGGAACAGGAAUUACUCCAAUGCUUCAGCUGAUCCGCCACAUCACAAGGGACCCUACCGAUAAAACAAAAUGUUAUCUCCUUUUUGCUAAUCAGACAGAACAAGACAUAUUACUGAGACCAGAGCUUGAAGAUGUAGCUGCAAACCAUGCAGACCAGUUUAAAUUGUGGUAUACUUUGGACAGACCGCCUCAAGGAUGGAAGUAUAGUUCUGGCUUUGUUACUGCAGACAUGAUAAAGGACCAUCUUCCUCCCCCUUGCGGAGACACGUUGAUUCUUAUGUGUGGACCUCCACCCAUGAUUCAGUUUGCCUGUCAGCCCAACCUUGAGUUUCUGGGAUAUUCAAAAGAAAGCGUAUUUGCUUACUGAACUUGAAGUUAAUUCAUUUAGCAAAUGUCAUAGAUACUACGAUUAUGCAAAACAUUUGAGGGUACACUUUACAAAGUGGGUUGAUGUAAGCCAAGUGUUCCUCCUUGAAGCAUUAAAACAACCAGGGUCACUACAGCUAACUUGAAGAAUUUUCCCAAAUGUGCGCAUGUGUUUUGUGCACGUACAACUGCUUUGAUUGGCUGGCAGUCCCAGAGAAAGCGUUGUCUGUGCAAGAACACACAUGCCAGAGAUGGCUGGGGAAACACUUGAGAGGAACUGUGCUGAGGACACUUUUCUCACACUAAUGCAUUUGGCAAAGUACCCCUUUCUAAUGCUUGGCACAGCCUUAAUAAAAUGUUAUGAACCUUUUUGCUUAAAUAAAAUGUUGAUACAUUU